AUGGAGAGUGAGGAGUAUGCGCCAAUGUCCGGUUCAAACACAAUCUGCACCGCGACCGUUCUAUUGGAAACAGGGAUGAUCCCCAUGCAGGAGCCGCUGACCAAAUUCUCCCUCGACACGGCGGCAGGGCUGGUCGGUGUCACCGCGGAGUGCCGAGACGGCAAAUGCAAGAAUGUGGCGUUUGACAAUGUUCCCGCGUUCGUCGACAAGCUCGACCUGCGCGUUGAAGUCCCCGGAAUCGGGACUGUUUCCGCGGACAUCGUGUGGGGCGGCAUGUGGUAUGCCAUCGUUGACGCCGCGUCAAUUGGCCUUAGUAUCGAGCCCAAGCAGGCAGCAAAGCUUGUUGAGCUUGGCGAAAGGAUCAAGCAGACCAUUCGUUCUAUUUAUACUCCCCGUCACCCUGAGAACCCGGAAAUCGCUGGAGUGUCGGUGCUUUCAUUCACCGAGCCUCUGCAAGACGGCGUCGGUGGGAAGGUUGCCAAGAACACUGUCGUUGUCUCGCCUGGCCGACUGGAUCGAAGUCCUUGCGGAACAGGCACCUGCGCCCGCAUGGCAUUGCUUCAUGCUAAGGGGCAGCUUGCCGUCGGUGAGGACUUCAAGCAUACUAGUGUCAUUGACACGGCUUUUGAGUGCCGCAUUAAGGAAACCGUCAGGGUUGGCGAUCGAGAUGCUAUCAUUCCAACUGUCAAGGGAAGAGCUUGGAUUACAAGCUACAAGCAGGUUGUGUUGGAUCCCGAGGACCCUUUUCCUACUGGCUACAGGGUUGGAGACCAGUGGCAUGUAUACGAUGCGGCUCUGUGA